AUGAGGGGAAAUCGUCCAGUGGAGCUCCCAGAGGACUUCUGGAUUCCCAUCCCUCUGGACACCAACAACAUCACAUCCUUCAGUCCAUACCUAGUUCCUCAGGACCACUUAGGGAGCCUUGGGAUAUUUUAUUCCAUGUCAGCAUUUAUGUUCUUCCUGUUUGUGACCGGUACAGGCAUUAAUAUCCUCACUAUCGCAUGUACUGUUCAAUAUAAGAAGCUCCGCUCUCAUCUGAACUACAUUCUGGUGAACUUGGCUGUGGCAAACCUCCUCGUCUCCUCUGUCGGCUCCUUCACCUGCUUCUACUGCUUUGCCUUCAGAUACAUGAUUCUUGGUCCACUGGGGUGCAAGAUUGAAGGAUUUACAGCAACUGUUGGUGGUAUGGUCAGCCUGUGGUCUCUGGCUGUGGUAGCAUUUGAGAGAUGGCUUGUCGUCUGCAAGCCACUCGGGAACUUCGCCUUCAAGCCUAACCAUGCUAUAGCUUGCUGCGCAAUGACUUGGGUGUUUGCUUUGAUGGCUGCAGUUCCUCCUCUGGUUGGAUGGAGUAGGUAUAUCCCAGAGGGCAUGCAGUGCUCCUGUGGACCAGACUGGUACACAACCAACAACAAGUUCAACAAUGAGUCCUAUGUGAUGUUCCUCUUCUGCUUCUGCUUUUCUGUCCCUUUCUUCACCAUCGUUUUCUGCUACUCACAGCUGCUUUUCAUGUUGAAAGCGGCAGCGAAGGCCCAAGCUGAAUCUGCCUCCACCCAGAAGGCAGAGCGGGAGGUGACCAGGAUGGUGGUCGUCAUGGUCUUGGGCUUCCUGGUGUGCUGGAUGCCUUACGCCUCCUUUGCUCUUUGGGUCGUCAACAAUCGAGGGCAGCCUUUUGACCUGAGACUAGCAACCAUUCCCUCCUGUCUGUCUAAAGCCUCCACAGUCUACAACCCCAUUAUCUACAUCCUCCUAAAUAAACAGUUCCGCUCAUGUAUACAGAAGAUGCUGGGGAUGAGUGGAGGCGACGAUGAGGAAUCAUCAACAAGUCAAUCCGUCACUGAAGUCUCCAAAGUCGGACCUGCUUAGGUUGUUCACGACUCAUUUUGGUGUCUGAUAUACAGUGGUGUAGUGGUAGCUGAUGAGGUGGGUAUACGGCUAGGUAGAUGGGUAUGUUAUAGAGGAGGAAGUGGGUGUGCUCUCCUAUAUAUUCCAAUGAUUAUUGGGUAAAUAGGUGGGUAAACUGUAUAUGGUCAGAAAAGAAGUGGGUAUACCAUGUAUACCUGCAUAUACCCUCCACUACACCACUGUUUACGUAUUGUAAAUAACACUGA